AUGAACAAUCCUUCUAUAUUGAGUUAUCCAAGCCUUGGUCCACAACACCAACCGAACAUUAUACCCGGUAUGCAGGCGGGUACUCCGACAGGGAUUCAUCAGCAGUUACAGGGGAACCCACUACUAGGCGGCACAAGCGGAGGCGGAGGUACAAUGCCACCUCCUGGAAUGAUGAAACCUAAUAUCGGUGGUGCAAAUGACGGUGCUGCUUUGCAGUUGUUGAACCAUCUUGGCACCGGUAGUGGUAAGGUAGCUGGGACGAACAGUGGCACUGUGACGGGAUCUGUCAAUGGAAACGAGAAAAAUCCGCUUUAUCAUCUACAUUUGGAAGAACCUGGGCUUUUGAACAAUCCUAUAUGGAAAUUACAGUUGCAGCUGGCAGCGGUUUCCGCACAAUCGAUGGGACAACCGAACGUUUACGCCAGACAGAAUGCGAUGAAAAAAUAUUUAGUCAAUCAGCAGCAGCAACAGCAAUCGUUGGAUCACCAGCGACAGCCGGGUCUGCUUCAGCAGGUCUCUGGAUCGCAGACACAAUUGCAAACCACAGAGCAACAGCCGCAGAAUCCGCAGAUGGCCGUCGCGUCUGUUUCUUUAGUGGAUAAGACUAAACAGCUUUUGAUGGAAAUGGCUGCAGAUAUAAAAGACACUGCAGCAAGCAGCAAUAACGGCAUUAGCAACCCGCCAGGUUCUGCGAAUACUUCGGCUACGGCCAACACAAGCGGCUCUGCCUCGUCUCCUUCUACCCCCAAGACUGAGUUACAUAACUUAAGGGACCAGAAUACAGGAACGCCUGUAUUACUUCUACAGCAUAAGAAACUAUCACAAUUCAAUAUAGAUGAAGACGAUGAGCUAGAACAUCGAAUGGCGGGACCCAAGAAUACCAAAUUUGAUGACCAGCUGUGGCAUGCGAUCGAUUUUUCCAACUUACAAAUUUUCAACAUUAGUGCCAAUCUAUUCAAGUACACUUUUUUGACAAGGUUAUACUUGAACGGUAAUAGUUUGACUUCUAUCCCGCCAGCAAUAAAGUCAUUGGUUAAUCUACGUGUGUUGGAUUUGUCUCACAACAAGCUGACCAGUUUGCCGAAAGAAAUGGGACACUGUUACCAACUGAAGUAUCUUUAUGUCUUUGACAACAUGAUUACAACUUUGCCUUGGGAGUUUGGUAGUCUCUUCAAUCUGCAAUUUCUGGGUUGCGAAGGCAAUCCUCUGGACAAACAAUUAUUAAAAAUCCUAACAGAGAAAUCGGUGACAGGCUUAAUAUUUUAUCUUCGUGAUAAUAGACCGGAAGUACCCAUGACCAAGGAUCGGGACUUUAUAGAGAUCAACGCUGAUGGCGAUCCUGUGGAGAAAUACAAAUCACUGCAGGAGGCCGAUGAACAUUUAAGUCGAGAUUUGGCCAAGAGAAGUUUCACUGUGCUAUCCUACAACACACUGUGCCAACAUUACGCGACUCCAAAGAUGUAUCGUUACACGCCAUCAUGGGCUCUGAGUUGGGAUUAUAGACGUGAAAAACUGACGGAACAAAUUUUGUCUUACAUGAGUGAUGUUAUCUGUUUGCAAGAAGUGGAAGCUAAAACUUUUGAGGAUUAUUGGGCGCCUUUGAUGCAGAAACACGGCUACUCAGGCUUGUUCCAUGCCAAGACGAGGGCAAAAACUAUGCACUCGAAGGAUUCGAAAAAGGUAGACGGUUGUUGUGUUUUCUACAAGAAAUCGGAGUUUAGAGUCAUUUUCAAGGACGCAGUUGAUUUCAGUGGAGUUUGGAUGAAACAUAAGAAAUUUCAACGUACUGAAGAUUAUUUGAAUCGCGCAAUGAACAAAGAUAAUGUUGCGAUUUACCUGAAGUUGGAACACAUCGAAAGUGGCGAGCACGUCUGGCUCGUCACGACGCAUUUGCACUGGGAUCCUCAAUUUAAUGAUGUGAAAACGUUCCAAGUAGGUGUCCUGAUGGAUCACAUGGAAGACCUUCUCAGGGAACAGAGCAAUGCCCAAUCCAAGCAGGAAAUUAAGAAGUGCUCGGUGAUCCUAUGUGGUGACUUGAACUCAGAGAUAGACUCAGCAGUCUAUGAGCUUCUAAGCACUGGCCGUGUGCAAACACAUGAUGACGUUAAAGGAAGAGAUUUUGGUUACAUGACGCAGAAGAAUUUCGCCCAUAACUUGUCUAUGAAAUCAAGUUAUAGCCACAUUGGCGAACUACCUCUAACAAAUUUUACGCCUUCGUUCACCAGCGUGAUUGACUAUAUAUGGUUUUCAACUCAGUCACUCCGGGUUCGCGGACUGCUCGGCCCAAUAGAUUCAGAUUACAUAUCCGAAUUCAUCGGGUUCCCCAACGCUAAAUUUCCAAGUGAUCACAUUCCCAUAUUGGCGAGGUUCGAAUUCGUAAAAGGAGGAGCCGGCUCCAGCAGAAAGAUAUGA